GAACUUGGACUUUGUUCAGACAUCUUAAAUCGGACUUUUUCAAUGGCUACAGCGAUAUUUUGUGAUCCGUGCACUGAGGCAAAUUUAUCAAUAUCAGCAACAAAGUAUUGCUCCGACUGUGAAGAGCGACUAUGCCCAGGCUGCGCUGAGUCUCAUACGCGGUCGAAAGCAUUCAAAUAUCAUCAUAUUAUAGAUUUGUCGUCUGUCGAUUUCAACGUUCAAAUAUCUGCGAAGAAAAUCUGCAAAGUCCAUCCAGAUAUGCUUAUGGAUUAUUUCUGCACAGAUCACGUGAUCGUUUGCUGUAGAGCCUGCAUUCCUAAAGACCACAGAAAAUGUGAAAACGUUCUACCAUUAGAACAUGCGUCGAAAGAUGUCAAAAAGUCUGCAUUGUUCUCCGACAUCAUGGUGGACAUAAAACAUCUUAUUACAACCUUAAAUGAUUUACACGACAACAGAGAGUCAAACGUUCAAUUACUUGAGAAAACUAAAACAAUCAUAACCAGACAGAUUAGUGAAGUGAAAUCCCGUUUAUUGAAACAAAUCGACGAUCUUGAACGGGAUCUUCACGCCAAUUUGUCAUCUGUUCAACAAAAACGCGUAAAUGAAAUCAGCAAACAAAGAACAGAAAUAUCACAAGUUUUAGACAACUUAAAAACAAACGAGAAAGAAAUUGAUUUUUUGAAAGAUCAUGGAUCAAAUAAUCAGCUUUUUGUAUCCUUGCAUGAACAAGUAAAACAUAUCCAAAGCGCCGAAGCUAGUGUCCUUAAGUUGAUAUCUAAUUCCCAAGAAAUCAUGAUAGACUUUGAUGAAAAGAAAGAAAGUAAACUUGAAUGUUUAGGAACAUUGUCAGAGUCUGUAAGCUCUUGUCAAAUUCAAUACAAACCAACAAAAUUUCAACAGGCCCAGAUCAUGGCACAACCAACAAAACAUAUUGCUGGAUUUGAAAUGGAUGCAGAACUUCAAUUGAAAACAGAGCAAAGUUAUAAUUUAAUAGAUAUAUGCGUCACCGACGAUAAUAAAUUGCUUCUGACUAAUCAUUAUACAUUCGAUCCGAAACUAUAUGUCUACAGAGACUGCAAGGAUUACGAGACAGAGUUACGGUUUUCCUUUAGUCCUUUUGGUGUUGCUGUGAUACCUGGCACAGACAGAGCUGUUGUCACCCUCCCUGACAAUGAGUCUAUACAAUUUAUAAAUACGACAAAGAUGACAAAGGACAACAAAGUUAACGUUGGAUUUAGAUGUUAUGGUAUUACUGCUGGACAUGACAGAAUCUAUGUUGGAGGUAUGAAUGGUACUAUCAAAACAUUAGGCACUAAUGGAAAAAUUUUAACAACAAUUAAACAAGGAUCUGGUGAUCUUUUCUUCAUGUUAUACGAUUUUAGUCAUAAACAGUUUUUUGUUAGAAGUCCUAACAAACUCCAAUGCAUUAAAUUAGAUGGAACAUUAGUAUACAGUAAGGACGUCUCAGGUACAGCGGGGGUAACACGCGAUAGACAAGGUAACAUUUACUACGGUAAUAAUGAAAACAGCAAUAUACAGAGAAUGUCAUUUGAGGGGGAACACUGUGAGGAAAUGAUGAACAAAGAUAAUGGUAUUCACCGUCCGUAUGGAAUGUGUUUUAACAAUGAUUUUACAAAACUGUUUGUUAUUAAUAUACUUUGUACAUCUGUAUAUGUAUAUAAAUGCAAAAAUUGA